AUGUCCUUAGUUCACAUAAAUAUCCUAUUGGCCUUCACCAUAUCUCUCACAGGACUAUUAAUAUACCGAUCCCACCUAAUAUCCGCACUACUCUGCUUAGAGGGUAUAAUAUUAUCACUAUUCAUCCUAAUAACCAUCACAAUUCUAAACAUACAUUUCACCCUGGCCAGCAUAACACCAAUUAUCCUCCUAGUAUUUGCAGCCUGUGAAGCAGCCGUUGGACUAGCCCUCCUAGUUAAAAUCUCCAACACAUAUGGUACUGACCAUGUACAAAACCUCAAUCUCCUCCAAUGCUAA